AUGGGCUCUACUUACUCGUCAGCCAAGGCCAUGGCCGAGGGCCGGCUGCAGCAGGAGGUAAGCCGUGGCGCGGAGGCAAAGGCAGCGGCCUUGAGGGCCGUCAGACCUGUGAAGGCGGCCCUGCUGCUCACCUGGUACUUCGGCGCCUUCACCGCGGAGCUGGCUGGCUUCGCCGUGGCGAGCGCCACCCUUCACCCGGUCCUCACCUUGCCGGGGUACUUCCUCGGUGCAGCGGCGAACGCUGCAGCAUCCUGGUGGGGCGGAUCGCAGCAGUUUCUCAGGGAUGCUGCCUACUCUUGCCUCUUUGUUGGCGUGGCCAUGGCAGGCCUCCAGACCAAAAGCUUCCUCAAGAAUGAGGCAGGAGUAACUGGAGGAGGAGGCCCCGGCUCCAUCCCAGCGAUUGGCAUUUUGAUCCGCUUCAUCUCCUGCACCGCCUUGUGCCUCGUGGACCUUCCCCAGGGCCUUGUUCCCCUGGGCUCGCUGGGGCGGCCCAUGGGCCUCCCGGUGCUCCGGGAAAAAUUCCUGGAGCCGGCCGCGGCUUCUUGGGAAGCUGUAGUGUGUUUCACCUCUAAUUUCUGGAUCUCUGUCGAACCGGAGGCCAAUGCGACCUCCAUAGCUUUGACCGAAGAGGUGGGGCUUGGCGACUGCGGCUGGCCGACAAGCGGCCAGCUGAGCAGUGCCUCCACCCUUUUCAACGCCUUCUUGUUGUUGUUCGUGGCGGUUCUUGUCCCAAUGCACAUGUGCAUUGUGGUCGGCAUGUUGCUUUUCAAUCCCAUUUAUGCCUGUGGAGCCGAGAACCUCAGCCUCAAAGAGGAGGUUGAAGCGAAGCAGCGCGAAAUCGAAGAUUUCGCGAAGCAGAACGAGCUAGCUGCCGGACAGUACGAGCAGCUGAGCCUGCUUGAGAAUUAG